UCUUCAUUUGUAAAAUGUGGACCCCAUUCUUGCAAUUCUACUUUAUUUUCGUAGGUUUUCUCCUCUUUCUCGCUAAUGCAAACUGGGUGAAGCCGAAGUUUGGAGCUUGUGUCGGGAGAGAGGAAAGUGGUAGUUUCCGACGGUCUUUGAAGGUGACAGGUCCAUUAAUGGCUCGUCCCAUGCCAAAGCGGAUAAAUGUUUUCUCUGCCGAUGUGUAUUGAACGCGCUCAUGCUAUUAAAAGUUCUUUUUUUUUUUUCCUUUUAAGAAGAGACUUGCGGCGGCCCUCCGGAGCUUCACACCUCCGGAGGGCCGCAGACGUCUGAAGUUGGCGCUUAGCGGGGGCUGCCGAGCGUCGACGGCCGCCUAGUUCACACUUUGCACGUCACACCUUUGAUCCGCCGGGACAUUUAACUCCGAGCGGGCCUCUUCCGAGCUCACUUUUUUUCGGGUUGGGACGUGAAGACGGCGAGAAAGCGAUGUCGGCCAUCCACGGAAACCUGCCCGUCGGGGACCUCAACCACUUGCAGUUGUACCACGAAGGAAGUCUUCAGAUGGGCAAUCCUGAUUUUCGAAGUGGUGACGUAACCAACUAUUUGGCCACGACUGCCUCGGUUCCGCGGGUGGACAAAUGCGUGGCCAUACUGACCCACCGCAGGAAGAGGACCAACUUCACCCAGCAGCAGAUCGAGGUGCUGGAGAAGGUGUACUCUGACACCAAGUAUCCGGAUAUCUACCUGAGGGAGCGACUUGAGGCGCUCACCGGUCUGCCCGAGUCCCGAAUACAGGUGUGGUUCCAGAACAGGAGAGCAAAAUCCCGUCGCCAAGUGGGCUCCUCGGUGCCCGUAAAAGCUCCCAAUCCACUGCCAUCCUUUCAUCAGCUCCCCAACAGGAUGAACCAAGACAAACUUUAUGACAACGGCCACAGUACGGAGGCUCACAGGAAUGCUUUUGGACUACAAGACGCCUACAGAACCCCAAUCGAGGAACCCCACAGGACCAAAGCCCCCGGCGACCAUUUUCUGGCAUCGUGUCUUUACGAGAAAGACGCGAGGCGAGAGAAGGCCGAGCAGUUGCAACGGCGCGAGGCCAACGUGGACAUCCCGGCCAGUAACGUCCUGAUCUACCCCUCCAAGGACGGCAUGAACGGCGAUCCCAAGGUUCUGGUGGAGUACGACAACUUCCCGCCCAACAAGACCAUCGGGCCCGAGAUGAAGGUGGUGAUCCCGCCCAUCCCUAUUCAGAACAACUUCAGCAGGUCAUCGCCCAAAGCCGCCGGCGGCCCGCUCCAGUACUCGCAUGCGAGGGCGGCGGGGAAGGCGUUCAACGGAUUCUCGCCAGUCCACGGCGCAGAUUUGCCGGACUUUUACGAUUCGGACUCAGAUUGGGAGAGUGAGGCCAUGGUUGGAUUUGGUGGUUUUAUCUAAGAUGCGGUGAUGGUCUUUCAUGACUACUUGCCAUAAACUUCAUGUAGACUGUACAUAGCCCCUCUCAACCCCCAAAACAAAGAGUUGAUAAUCAAAAAGCCACAACCGCGUGCUGGCUUGAUGUUGAAUAACCCAGUAAAACUAAAUUUGUCAACUCUGCGAUAUUGUUGUUUGCAUAAAAUAUCUUCUAUUUAUUGUAAGAUUGUAAUAAAACGGUUUCAUCUUGAA